CCCAGGCCAGAGCUAAUGAUCAACCAGCCCUGGGAGGCGGCGCAGCAGCUCAGGCCUGCCUCUCGCCGGGCCCAGAUGCAGGGAGGAAGUGGGGCAGGAAGCAGGGGGCGGUGGCGGCCGCUGUGCAGUCCAACGGGCUGUGGGCGGCGGAGACGGCCUGCGGGGCCCACCAGCGAGGAGCCAGGAGCGGCCAUCCGGUGCCCACUGUCCUACGGAGCGGGGCGCAGGUACGGGGCUCUGGACGGGCAGAGGCUAGCCCGGCAUGCUGAGCCCUUGGCAGUGAGGCCGCCACCAGCCAUGGAGGGCCCAGAGGAGCCAGCCCCCAGGGGGAAUGGGCCCGCAGGGCCCUUGGGGGGCAGUGGCAACCACGGAGUCCGGGAAGUGGCCAAGAGCACGUCCGUCAGCUGGGAUCGACCACGGCCCGAGGAGGCCAAGGCCACCGUCCGAGGGGACCUGACUUUGCAGCUGCUGGCGGUGCGGCGGAAGAGCGGGCUGCCUGACCCCAACCUGCAACAGGCCCUGCGGGGCCGGCUCCGCCUGCUGGAGAAUGAGAGCUGCGAGGUGGCCCGCGCCCUCGGGGAGCUGUCGGCCAGGCUGCUGUCCAUCCACAGUGACCAGGACCGGCUGGUGGUGACGUUUAAGACGUUUGAAGAAAUCUGGAAGUUUUCCACCUACCACGCUCUUGGCUUCACUCAUCACUGCCUGGAGAACCUGCUCAUGGACCAGGCCUUCUGGCUGCUCGAGCCCGACGAGGACCAGGAGACGGCCGUCCGGGUCCAGGUGGAUGCGGACGCCUUGAGGCUGGCGUACGAGAGCCUCCUCGUCCAGGAAGGGCCUUUCUUCGUCCUGUGUCCCGACCACCACGUGAGAGUGAGGAACGGCCCCCAGCCCUUCAGGCGGCCUCCGAGGGGCCCUCAGGCAGACGCGGCUGCAGCAGUGGACUCUCCAGCCCGGAGUCCCGGCACGUCCUCAGAGACGGAGGGGGCAGCGGCGGCCGCUCCGGAGCCCUUGAUUCCGUUCCAUCAGUGGGCUCUCAGGGUGCCCAAGGACUCUGUCAAUGACCCUCUGGGUGGACCCGUGGCUCUGGACAUCCAGCUGAUGGCCAUGGGCCCGGCCUUGGCCGUAGCGGACUGCCAGGGCUCAGGGCCCGAAGAGAUGACCUUCCGAAGCGGUGACCACAUCGAGAUCCUGGGCGCUCAUGUGCCCGGCCUGCCCUGGUGCCUGGGCCGGCACGCGGCCUCCGGCCAGGUCGGGUUUGUGCGGACGAGCCUCAUCAAUGUGCAGGGCCAGGCGUCUGACUUGGAAAACGUGAUUUUUCUCAGUGAAGAAGAAAGGUCUUUCUUUAGCCAUGAAGGACACUUUUCUGAGGAGGAGGCCAGGCAGCUGCUGAGAAGGAUGUCCAGCACAAAUGUCUGCACCAUGUACAGCCUGGACACAUCAGAAGAAGCUGAGAUGCAGCAGCAGCAGGAGGAACAAGAAAUGUCCCCGCCUUGCCUGAACCCAGAGCCACAGGAGAUCCUGCAGACUGUGAAGAAUGUUCUAGAACAAUGCAAGUCCUGCCAGGGCUGCCCCGAGGAACCAGGGUCCCCCGGUAUCCACAGGGCAUCCAGUGGUGCAAGCCAGCCAGACACCGAGGAGCCCUCCUUCUGCCUGGACGCAGGAGAUGACUGGGCCGACCCAGAGGCCCUGGGCUCGCAGCUGCUGUUCCUGGACUCACCCGGGUUCCAGGCCUGUUUCCAGGGCCUGUACGACCUCUACCCACCCACGCUGAGCGGCGUGUUCGGCGGCUUCACCGACGAGGAGCAGCUGGUCAGGCGGCUGGCCGAGGCCCGUGGGGUGGCCAAAAAAGCCGGGCUGCCCAUGGCCCUGGCCAGGCUCUGCUUCCUGCUGGGACGGCUGUGUGUGCGGCAGCUGAAGCUGUCCCAGGCCCGCGUGUACUUCGAGGAAGCGCUGGGGGUGCUCGGGGGCCGCUUCGGGGACCUGGUCCUGGUGGCGGCUGUGUACACCAGCCUGGCCUCGGUCCACCUGCGGCAGAAGAACAAGGAGAAGUGCGCACAGGUGGUGCCCAAGGCCUUGGCCCUGCUCCUGGGGACGCCCGGCCACGUCGGCAGCUCCGAGGCUGAUUCCAGCCUCCUGACCCUGGCCCUGAGGAGGGCCAUCAGCAGCCGCAGCCCGCAGGCCGAGGCCCGGGCCUGCUUCUUGCUGGCCAAGCACCACGCCCGCCUCAAGCAGCCGGAGGAGGCCAUGCCCUUCCUGGAGAGGCUGCUGCUGCUGCUCCCCGAGGCGGCGGGGACCCUGGGCACCUCCUGGCCCAUGGACUGCUACCUGCUGCUGGCGGGCAUCUACAGCCAAAGGUGCCUGCCGCACCUGGCGCUGAGCUGCAUCAGGGUGGCCUCGCUGCGGGCACAGGGCUCGCUGGGCAGUGCACUCCAGAGCGCGGCCCUGGUCCUGCAGAACAGCCCGCGGCUCCCCGUCCUGCCUGCCCAGCUCGCUCACUACCUCCGGCGGGCGCUGGCCACCCUGGCCCCUGGGUCCGGGGAGGCCCUACGUGGCCCCGUCUACGCCAGCCUGGCCCAGCUGUACAGCCAGCACGGGUGGCAGGGCAGGGCCAUUGCCUUCAUGGCUCAGGCCGUGGAGACAGACGCCCAGCUGGGCAGCCGCACCGUUGUGGACCGCCUUGUGGCCCUGGCCUGGCUGCACAUCCUUCACAGGCAGAGCCCGGCAGCCCUGGGCAUCCUGGAGUCCCUCCUGGAGGCCACGGUGGCCACCCCAGACCAAGAGGGCCUGAUUGCCAACAUGAUGGCCAUUGCACUGAAAAGAACCGGCAGGACCCGGCGGGCAGCCGAGGGCUACUACCGCGCCCUGAGGGUGGCCCGGCGCCUGAGCCACCCGCAGAACGAGGCGGUGGUCCUGGCCAACUUCGGGGCCCUGUGUCUGCAGGCCGGCGCCGGCGGGCUGGCCCAGCACUACCUCCUGGAGGCCGUGAAGCUCUUCUCGCAGCUGCCCAGCAGGGAGGGCGGCCUGGACUUCACCCGGGUGCUGCUGCGGCUGGGGGACCUGUGCACCCGCAGGGCGCUCGCCCGGCAGGCCAAGUGCUACUACGAGUGGGCCUUCCUGGUUGCUGUGGAGAUGGACCACUGGGACAGCCAGCUGCUUGCCGUCCAGCGGCUCUGCCACUUCUACAGUGCAGUCGUGCCCAACGAGGCCCGGUGCGUCGUCUACCACGAGUUCCAGCUCUCGCUGGCCCGCAGGGUGAACGACAAGAGCCUACAGGUCCGCCCUGGAGUACACCAAGCGCAGCCUGGGGGUUUUCAUCGACCUGCUGAAGAAGGACAAGGAGGCGCACGCCUGGCUGCAGGCGGGGAAGAUCUACUACGUGCUGCGGCAGAGCGAGCUGGUGGACCUGUACAUCCAGGCGGCGCAGAACGCCGCCCUGUACACGGGGGACCCCGGCCUGGGGCUGCAGCUCUUCGAGGAGGCCGGAGACAUCUUCUUCAACGGGACCCGGGAUCGCGAGAAAGCGGUGUCGUUCUACCGGGACCGGGCACUGCCCCUGGCGGUGUCCACGGGGAGCCGGGAGGCCGAGCUGCGGCUGUGCAACAAGCUGUCCGCGCUGCUGGCUGAGACGGAGACGCCCCAGGAGGGCCUGGAGUUCGCCCACACGGCCCUGGCGCUCAGCCUCACCCUGGGUGAGCCCCGCACCCCGCCCUGAGGGCCCUCCACCCCUCAGGUCUGGGCAGGGCCUGAGUUCCCCGGGCCUGCAGGCUCCUCUCCCCGCCCCGGGCCAGGCUGCUGAGAACCUGUCCCACCCCACCUGAGCAUCAUCAGCUCUGUGCCCCCCGCCCUGCCCCCACCUUGCUGGCCAGGGGGCCGGCCAGGGUGCCCUGCACCGCGGACAUUCAGGGACCCGCCAGGCAGGGCUGCCCGCUGCCUUUCUGCCCACUGUGCCUCCCGUCCUCUCCUCCUCACUAGCCCCCAGGCCCCACUGCUCUCUGUUAGCCAAAACCUGUCCUCCUCUCCGGGGGCCUGUCCCUCCAUGCCCGGCUCUUCUAGGCUGUCUGUCUUCCCCGAGGCAAGGAGCCCGACAGGGCCGAGCACACAGUAGGUGGGCCCCUGGGGGGCCUUCACCUGCAGAGCUCACCCUGGAAGGGGGAGGAUUUUUCAGGCAGCCUCAUCUGGUGACCUCCCACCAAGGACGGGGUGGAGGGCGGCUGAGGAUACAGCAGGGAGGCCAAAGGUCGUGUCUGCCAGGGCACAAACUGCAGGGCUUCUGCGUUCUCCCGGUCAGAACAGUAAGCAAAGCUCCCUGUCCAGGGGACUCUGUGCAGGCCUAGGCUGGGGGGUGUCCUGCUCCACGACUUUGCCACAUCCCCGAGGUGCCAGGAGAGCGGGCAUCACGAGGUGCCCCUUAAAGA